AUGAAUAUCGUUGAAAAUUUAGCGAAAAUAUUUGCCGUCUCAAUAAUAUUUAUUUCUUUAUAUUUUAUCGUUUGGUUUAGUACUGCACCAAUAAUACCUACAAAUACACCAAUUGCUUUGAAAUCAUCAGGAAGUCGUGAUUUAGAUGCAGAGAAAAUGAGAAUGAAUGCGUUGAAUGAGAUGGUCAGACAAAAUUCGCAUGUAAGUUUAUUAUUAUUUUUCUUUUCGAGUUAAAAAUAAUGAGAAAAGUUCGAAGAAUCUCAAAAGUAUCGAUCAGGUUUUGUGUUUUGAUGGUCUCUCACUGGUCUCGCAAAUCGGUAUUAUCCAUCCAAUAACAAAUGUACCCAAAAAAUUAUGUUUGAAAAAAAAGCAACAAAAAAACAAGUGUGUUACAGGAACUUCCACCUCGAACAUCUAACAAAUCAGCAAGAGAUCUAUGUAGUAUGAAAAACAUGUGCACUCCAAGAAAUCGACAAUAUCAGACACAACUUCGAGUAUCACCAAAAUAUAAAAUGGUCAGUUGUGUUGUACAAAAAUCAAUGUCUACAAUGAUAAGUGGAACAAUGUGUUAUUUAUAUGAUGAAGAAGGAUUUAUUAAUUCUGGAAGAGAUUUUGAUGAUGAACUUCAAACAAGGUAGGCUAGACAACUUCUGAAAAUAAUUUUUUAAAAAUAAGCCGAAUAUAAUUUUAAAGGUUUUGUCGAGACAAGAAUGAAUAUUUUGAUGUAGCAACAGUGAGGAGUAUGUAUAAUAUAUCGCUAGUUGGGAACGACUGGAGUUUUUCAAUGAUUACUCGCGAUCCGAUUGAUCGAUUUGUCUCGGGAUAUGUUGACAGAUGUAUCAGGUAGAUUCACCUGUGAAAAAAAAACUUACAAAUAUUCGAAAUUUCUUAUUCAGAAUUCGUCAGCCGAAUGGAACUAUUCAAUGUAAUGGGUGUCGAUGGAAUUUGACGUGCUUUGUGGAAACCGAAUAUAAAAGAAUGAUGGAAAUUUCAAAUCGGGGAAAAGUUCGAAGAACAAUGGAAGAUGCACAUUUCUUUCCGCAAUUAUGGCAUUGUGAUUUACAUACAGAGUUGGAAUAUUUCGAAUUUUUGAAAUAUUCAACAAACGCUGAAGAUUUGUUAAUUCCUCAAUUUGAUGAUUUAAUGGAGAGACAGAAGGUGAGAAGUUUAUAUUGUCGAAUAUUUAAUUGGGGAGAUCUUCCAGGUUUACCAUGAUUUUCGAGCCAAAUUUCAUGAUUUCAGUCUUUAAUUAUUUGGAAUUCAUUUGUUGAGAAUCUUUUGAGUACUGUUUUAAGAAUGUACUACUUUUUAUCAACUUUUUUGGUCAAAUAUUUGUUAAUUUAUGUAAUUUUUCAGGUUCCACUGGCAUCGCGACAAUUCAUUCAUAGACAGCUUCUUUUCCGCCGCCCAAAUCACGCAACAAUUUCAACAACCGCUCGAAGAUUCUAUUAUUCUCGACUCAUGAGUUCACCAUAUCUUCUAGAAUUUAUAAUCAAAAUGUUUUAUUAUGAUUUUGUACAAUUUCAUUAUGCUUUACCAAACGGGUUUUAG